GUGAACUUAUAAAUUGUCGUAUUAGUCUCUCCAACUCGCUAGCGCGUUUCGUAGAGCUCGCCAUAUUCCUGUUCUUCACAAUGUCCGAAGUCUUCGACGUGGUAAUCGUUGGCGGGGGAACAGCCGGACUCGCGCUCGCUACUAGGCUAUCCGAGGACCCUAGCUUGCAGAUAUUAGUCCUUGAGGCCGGCGAGGACUUAACCGAGGAUCCUAGAGUUAGCACCCCCUUUUUGGGGAGUUCUCUCAUCCGUAGCUCCGCUGACUGGCAAUUCAGAACUGUCCCUCAGAUAGGACUGGGAAACCGAGAGAUAACUGUCCCUCGUGGACGAUUGUUAGGGGGUUGCAGUGCACUUAAUAACUUUCUUUUCGCUGCACCCUCUAAAUACAACGUUAACGCCUGGGCUGAUCUGGGUAAUCCCGGCUGGGACUGGUCGUCCUUCUCCGAUUCCUUGAGAAGAACGUAUACCUUGACAAAGACUUCCGAGGAGAUACAGGGCAAUGGUCCCCUCGAAGUUAGCUUUCCUGAAGAUACCGAGUGGCUAAGGGUAUGGAAAGCUACACUGGCCAACCUAGGAUAUCCAACAUCUUUGGACUCUCUUUCUGGGGAGUUCUAUGGCGCUUAUCUGUCUGCUAUUAGCAUUGAUCAUGCCACCAAGCAGAGAAGCUACUCUGGCAAUGCAUACCUUCAGCGAGCGCGGCCGCGGCCUAAUCUGGCUGUUUAUACUGAGACACAUGUAGAGAAGGUCCUUUUUGAUGGAUCAAAACCUACCAAGGCGACUGGUGUUCAGUAUAGUCAAGGCGGAUUAAUCAAAAUAGCAACAGCUCGGAAAGAGGUCGUACUCAGUGCUGGUGCAAUCAACUCCCCGCAAAUACUCGAAUUAUCCGGCAUUGGAGACGCGGAGCUCUUAAAAUCGCUCGGAAUCAAUGUGAUAGUCGAUAACAAACAUGUUGGUGAAAACCUUCAAAACCAUCCCACUGUUGGUAUGUGCUUCGAGGUUGUGGAUCAGAAAGGCUUCGAGACAAUGGAUGGUAUUCUAAGGGGCGAAGCACCUGCUUUCGCUGCCGUACAAGCAGAUUAUGAGAAACAGAUCGGAUUCGGAACAAAAGGCAACCUUGAAGUCGCGGCACAACUGCCUGUGCCCGGAAUCGAAACCCCCGAAGGCAAACAGGAGAUCGAGAAACUACUAAGUAACAAGGGUCUUCGAAACGACUCAGAAAAGACAACAGAAGCUUUCGCAAAGGCACAUGAAAACUUCGUAAGCUCGGUACUUAUCUCGCCUACCAAGCCUUCAGCUACAUACCUCACAAUCCCCGGCUUCGCAACCUACGCCGCCGACGGCACAAUAGCCGGCCCACCCCCCGGCAACGAGAAAUACUAUUCCGCCAUCAUAACCCUCGCGUACCCCCUUUCCCGCGGCUCCGUACACAUAACAUCCGCCUCUCCAUCCCCAUCCCCAUCCCCAUCCCCCCCCUCCAUCGACCCCAAAUCCCUCUCCCACCCCCUCGACGUCGAGAUCCUCGCGCGCCACGUGCACUUCCUCCAAGCAAUCACAGCCACAGCGCCCCUCGCCAACCAUAUCGUCCCCGGCGGGAAACGCAACCCCAGCGCCCCGCCGUCGCCGCCGUCGUUCCCAGACCUCGACGCCGCGAGACGGUAUGUGCGCGAGUGGGCGACGGGCUCGCAUCAUUUCUCGGGGACGUGCUCGAUGAUGGCGCGGGAACUAGGCGGCGUUGUGGACCAUCGCCUGCGGGUCUACGGGUGCGAGAACUUGCGCGUCUGCGACGCGAGUAUUUUCCCUAUUAGCGUCGGUGCUAGUUCCGUGGCGAGCGUCUAUGCCCUCGCGGAGCAUGCGGCGGAAAUAAUUAGAUCGGACUUGGGAUUGGCGCGAGCCUGAAGAUAUCGGGAGGGAAAAGCUGCUAACUGUUUUUGAAGGCUGCUUUGGAGUUUCUCGACGGGAUAUUCUGUAAAAAGUCGUGGUAUUGGGAUUUGACCGUUUUAAUUUACAAAUAGUUUAAUAUAAUAUAUUUACCCUGCUUAAGUAGAGCUUAUCGUUCAAACCUUUGGUCUACAUGUAGGACUGCUCCUUUAAACCACCUACUU